CAUGCUGGACGCCGAGUAUGACCGUCUUGAGAGCGUCUUCCUCACACAGCGGCUGCACGACGCUACGGCGACAUGUGCACACACGGACGCCGUAGUCGAGAACGACCAACUCAUUCUCACGUGCACGAUGGUCCAUACUAUCCACGCGGAUAUGCAUCUCGUGGCCAAGGCGCUGUGGAGUAUCGUUGCGCUGGAGGAGACCGUGACGCUCGAGACGGGCAUACUUCGGCCGCUGGAAGGCGUCGGGGACUCGACGUGCUACAUGCAGUUUACAUUGCAUCUUCCCGCCGACUUUGAGCUCCACGGCAACAUGGCGUGGAAGCGCUACGACGUGUCGCCCGCUCGCAUCGUCUUCACGAUGAAGGUCGUGCACGACGACGAAGUCCACCCGUACCCGCCCGAGGUCUUCAUUCCCCAAGAGACGGGCUGGUUUGAGAUUGAGUUGGUGCGCGAUGGCGUCACCCGCGUCAAACACUUUAGCCGCGGCCGCGUUCCAUGCAAGAGCUACCGCGAUGCAUCCCGCCAACGCGAGAUUAGCUUUGCAGCGCUGGCGGACCACGUACUGACGAGCUACCGCAGCAACAUUCGGGUGCAUCGAAUGUUCAUCGACCAGCGACUUCGCGCGUGGACAGGCACAGAUUUAUCCUUCUUUGAACACUAAUAUUCGCCGCGACGGCGAGAUAAGGUGCAUCGCUCGUUGCGGACCCCAACACCCCAACAAUCUACCCUUCC